GCUACAUAGAGAGGCUCCAAGUAUUUAUUAAACUCAUCUUUCUCACACGACCUUUCACCUCCAAAGACUCCCAACAAAAAUCAUAAUAAAGAAAUACAAAAACGUAAACUUUGCCAAGUUUUUUUUUCUUCCUUUCUUUAACUCUCUCACUCCCACGAAUUCGUGAGAAGAAACCUUAAAACGUUUUUUUUCCAGAGCACGAAAAAACUCCCCACCUCACUUAAACUUUUUUCCUUGUGCAGGAGACAUCAUUCCCCAUGAAAGUCGAAGCUUUUAUUCCCGCCGUUUUAUUGCUCUGUUUUGGGGUAAUGUUAUGUUUAAAAAGCUCGUGUGCGUUGCAGAUAGGUAACAAUAAUGAGUUGAAGAAUUACAUAAGUUGGGAAGAUUUGAGAGUUGUGGAAGAUGGAAGAAUAGAGAGAAGUUUUAGCAUUAAGGAGAAUAGUAAUUGGGUAACCACAAACGCUAACGCUAACGCGAACGCUACUAACGUGAGAAGAGUGAUUGUGGUUGAUAAAAACGGAGGAGGAGAUUCUGUUACAGUUCAAGGAGCUGUUGAUAUGGUUCCUGAUUCCAAUUCACAGAGAGUUAAAAUCUUCAUUCUUCCUGGGAUUUACAGGGAGAAGGUGAUUGUGCCGAAAUCAAAACCGUAUAUUUCGUUCAUAGGUAAUGAGAGCUAUGCGGGAGAUACAGUGAUUAGUUGGAGCGAUAAAGCUUCAGACCUUGGCUGCGAUGGUAAAGAACUCGGCACUUAUAGAACCGCCUCUGUUUCCAUUGAAUCUGAUUUCUUCUGUGCUACUGCCAUCACUUUUGAGAACACGGUGGUUGCAGAGGCAGGGGAACAGGGGAGGCAAGCGGUGGCGUUGAGAAUAAUUGGGGACAAAGCUGUGUUCUAUAGAGUUAGGGUUUUGGGAUCACAAGACACUCUUUUUGAUGACAAUGGAUCUCACUACUUUUACCAAUGCUAUAUCCAAGGCAAUGUAGAUUUCAUCUUUGGCAAUGCGAAAUCACUUUACCAGGACUGUGAUAUCCACUCAACCGCAAAGAGAUAUGGCGCGAUCGCGGCUCAUCAUAGAGACUCGGAGACUGAAGAUACCGGGUUCUCCUUUGUGAACUGUGAUAUCAGUGGUACUGGGCAGAUUUACUUAGGAAGGGCUUGGGGAAACUACUCAAGAACUGUUUAUUCAAACUGUUUCAUAGCUGAUAUUAUCACUCCUGUGGGCUGGAGUGACUGGAAACACCCUGAGAGGCAAAGGAAAGUGAUGUUCGGGGAGUACAAUUGCAGGGGAAGAGGAGCAGAGAGAGGAGGCCGAGUACCGUGGUCGAAAACUCUUACCAGAGAUGAAGUGAAGCCUUUUCUGGGAAGAGAGUUCAUAUAUGGAGAUCAAUGGCUGAGACUCUAAAUCCUUUUUCAACCGGACAUAAAGGUCCAGCUAGCUAACAGGAGAUGAUGAUCUAAUUCUACUCUAUUCAUUUGUAAUUAGUUUGAAUUUAGAGAGAAAUAGAAUCUGCAUGUUUUAACUCAUACCAAAGUAAAUGAAACCCAGGUUUUGGUUUUAGAU